AUGGCCCGAAACGCGAUCACUCCGCGAUCGUCUCCCGCAGUCACCGCGGCGUUCGCCGUCGCCGCGGCGCUGCUGAUUGCGUGCACGUCGCCGCGUCCGGCGGCGGCGCAGGCGGACGGCGAGUGCUGGCCCGGGAACGUGCCGUGCCCGGGCGGGACGGGGUGUGUGCGAGCGGAUAAGCUGUGCGACGGCGUGUUCGACUGCGAAGACGGCAGCGACGACGGCUACGACUUCUGCCUCUCCUACGACUGCAGCAGCGUCGGCAAGACGUGGUGCCGCGAGGGCUAUCAGUGCCGUGCGCUCAACUCAUUCUGCGACCUCAACUACGACUGCACGGACGGCAGCGAUGAGGAGCCCGAACGGUGCUACCACAUCUACAGAAGCAAGGACCUGUGCAAGCCCAAGGGGCUGGUGCAAUGUCCCAACGACCCUGGGUACUGCAUCGGCCCUCAGGAGGUGUGCGACAGCAUCCCGCAGUGCUCCGAUGGGUGGGACGAGCUCAACUGCUUCAACCACACGUGCCAGCCCGGCCAGAUCCACUGCCCUCUCACCAGCUACUGUGCCCAGGGGCGCCUCUGUGACGGCAAGCCGGAUUGCUGGGGAGAGAUGGGUGUGGAGGACGAGAAUCAAGAGUUCUGUAAAGGGUAUGAGUGUCCGGAGGGGUGGAGGAAGUGUGCGGAUGGGUUGCAGUGUGCGGAAGCCAGUCGGUGGUGCGAUGGCGCUGUGAAUUGUUUGGAUGGGAGCGAUGAAGGGGCGGUUUGUGUUGUGCCUCCUCCUCCUCCGCCUGCUACUGGAGGAUAUGGGACCAGCUCGGGUGGUUCUUCAGGUGGUUCAUCAGGUGCUUCCAACAGCAGCAGCGUCCCGGUGGUUCUGAGCAAGGAGGAGAUUGCGAAGCUGAAGAAGCUGGCUCAGGAGAAAAAGGCGGCAGCCGUGGCUGCCAAGAAGCAGAAGAUGGAAGCCAAGCGGGCGGCAGAAGAGGAGAAGACGAAGCAGCGGGCGGCAAAGAACGCGGCGAUUGAGGCGAAGAUCCGAGCGAAGGAGGAGAAAGCGGCUGCUGUUGCUGCGAAGAAGGCGGCUGUUGAAGCCAAGAAGAAGCAGCAGGCUGACAAGGAAGCUGCGAUUGCUGAGAAGAAGCGGAAGCAGGCUGAGAAGGCUGCUGCAAUCGAGGCUGAGAAGAAAAAGGAAGCUGAAAAGAAGGCGGCUAUUGAGGCUAAGAAGAAACAGCAGGCAGAGAAGGAGGCUGCUAUUGCUGAGAAGAAGAGGAAGCAGGCUGAGAAGGCCGCUGCUAUUGAGGCGAAGAAGAAGAAACAGGCUGAAAAGGCAGCAGCGGUAGCAGCCAAGAACAAGGCUACCACCAAGUAA